CACACACACAUCCAAAAAGCACCGUGUCUCAAUGACUGGAUGCUGAGAGAGAGAGAGAGAGGGAGCGAGAGAGAAGCGAAAAGUGAAACACUGAAGAUCAACGAGAGACUGUGCAGAGGACCACAAGCGUCUCCUUUCUGCUGCAGAUAGUGAAGAAGCCGUGCAGCUUCCCAGCUGAUCCAAACGCGCUCACCUGACUCGGGGACGGAGACGCAUAAAAACCCUUCCCUGUGGAAUACCCAACCUGUCGGUCAGCGGGAUUAGGGCAUCUGUGGAAUUAGCACUACUGGCGUUUUCUGUGGAUAUUAUGGAACAUCAAAAAGCCUAGUCCAGCUGACCAGCAAGGUUCCAUUCAAGAUUCUGUCCUGGCGGAUUGUCUGUCGUUUGGGAGGGAUUGGAAACCCGUUUGCAUACUAAUCAGGUUGUGAAGGGGAUAUCCAGGGUGCACAUCCAGAGCAGCGGGGGUCCGAUGAGUGAGUUUUAGAACCCAGCCAUGCCGAUAACAAGUAAAGGGUCAAGAGGGAGGUCUUGGGUCAGUGAACCCUGUGUGCGCUCACAUCUUUGGCAUCAGAAGGUCUAUUUUCAUUUCUGUGUCAUCCUUGUUCUGGUCCAGACAACAACUGUUCUCGGUGCACUAGAACUCCAGCUGGAUGAAGAGCAACCAGCAGGGACCAUUGUUGGGGACAUCAGUGCUGGGUUACCGCCUGGUGAAACUGCAAGUCUUUAUUUCAUCUCGGACCAUGAAGGCACAGGUGUCAGCAAUGACCUCAAUAUUGACGAGACCACAGGCAUCAUUACCACUGCACGCCGUCUGGAUCGUGAACAGAGGGACCACUAUAGCUUCAUUGCUGUUACAAUGACCGGGGUCACUAUUGAAGUGUCAAUCACUGUCAACGACAUCAAUGACCACGCACCUGUGUUCCCAAAAAAGAGUGCUGUUCUUAAGAUCCCUGAGCACACAGCUGUGGGCACAAGGUUUUCUCUGGAGCCAGCGACCGAUGCAGACAAGGACCAGCUGACCACCCAAGGCUAUGCUAUUCGUGAGGGCAAUGUAGGCCAGACAUUCAAACUUGAGACCAAGAGAGGUGCUAACAAGGUGCUAUAUCUAGACCUGGUAGUCAAUGGACUGCUUGACAGGGAAAAACGCUCAUCGUACACCCUGGUAAUAGAGGCUUUUGAUGGGGGCUCACCUAGGAAGAUGGGAUCUAUGACCCUGGAGGUGACUGUGACUGACAUAAAUGACCACGCGCCAGUCUUCAAUCAAAGCAGAUACCACUCUAUUAUCUCUGAAAGUCUCCCACAGGGAAGCAGUAUCCUCCAGGUGUUUGCCACAGAUGAGGAUGAAGGUGAUAAUGGGCUGGUGCUUUAUGAAAUCAACCGACGUCAGAGUGACCCUGAACGCUACUUUGUCAUUGAUGUAAAGUCUGGGGUCAUCACUCUGAAUAAACCCCUGGACUAUGAGCUUAAGAGGGUUCAUGAACUGGUGGUCCAGGCCAGGGAUAAUGCCAGCCACCCUGAGGUGACCAAUGCGUUUGUGACUAUUCAUGUCCGUGACUACAAUGAUAAUCAGCCUACUAUGACCAUCAUCUUCCUCAGUGAGGAUGGUUCUCCAAGAAUCUCAGAAGGAGCCCAGCCCGGCCAAUAUGUAGCUCGGAUAUCUGUCACCGACCCAGAUUAUGGAGAGUACGCCAACGUCAAUGUGUCCCUUGAGGGUGGUGAUGGGAAGUUUGCUCUUACAACCAAGGACAGUAUCAUUUACCUUAUAUAUGUUGACCAGGUCUUGGACAGAGAAGAGCGGGAUUCCUAUGACCUGAGGGUGAUGGCCACAGAUUCUGGCACACCCCCGCUCAGAGCAGAGUCCUCUUUCACCAUCCAGGUGACUGAUGUCAAUGACAACCCCCCUCUGUUUGACCAGCAGGCGUACAGACAAACCAUUCCUGAGGUUGUGUAUCCUGGAUCCUUUGUUCUUCAGGUUACUGCCAGGGACAAGGACCAGGGCCCCAAUGGGGAUGUGCGAUAUAGCCUGCUAAAGGGCAAAAACUCUCACUCUGAUUGGUUUUCGAUCGAUCCAGUUACUGGGAUCAUUACCACAGCAACUGCUCUGGAUUUUGAAUCAGAGCCAGCGCCUAGUGUGACUGUGGUUGCGAUGGAUAGCGGACGCCCGCCGCUGUCAUCGACAGCGAAAGUGGACAUUGUGCUGCAGGAUGUUAAUGACAACACGCCGGUGUUCUCCAGCAACUUCUACAAUGCCUCCAUCAAGGAAAACACCCCUGCGUUGACUUGCUUCUUAGAGGUAUCGGCCACAGAUGAGGACCGUGGUUCUUUUGGUACUAUAAGCUACAACCUGGGUUCAAGCUCUGGAAACACAUUGCCAACCCAGUUUACCAUCAACAAGGAGACUGGCCAACUUUGCACCAGCACAGCUCUGGACCGGGAUGAGGGACUGGACAAGUUUGACCUGACUGUCACAGCAACAGAUGGAGGUGGUCUAAGUUCAGUAGCCCGUGUGAGGGUCACGGUGGUGGACAUCAAUGAUAACCGGCCCAUCUUCUAUCCAGUCCUGUACACGGUCAGUCUCAGUACCCAUAGUGCUCCAGGAACGUCUGUCGUCAAGGUAACAGCCAAUGACCCUGAUGUGGGAGAAAACGGAAGAGUGACCUACCGCACUGUACCUGGAGGAGGAUCUAGUCUCUUUACCCUUAAUAAGGACACAGGUGUGAUCUCUCUCUCCCGCUCACUCCAUGGCAAAGCCAACACGGUAAUCUCCAUGGUCAUAUCGGCUGAGGAUGGGGGCGGUCUUACAGCACCGGUAAAUGCCAGAGUGAAUGUGAGCGUCGUGGGGGGCUCAGUGGCGUCUCCGGUGUUUGAACAGGCACAGUACUUCUUUACCGUGUCGGAGGAUGUUCUCAGGGGGACGGCAGUGGGAGUGGUUCGUGCUUCUGCCAAGACAGGUGGCUCUAAGGAUAUUUUCUACUCUAUUUCAUCUGGAGACCCUCAUGGCUACUUUACAGUGGACAGCGCCUCUGGUACCAUUCGCACAGCCCUUCCUCUGGACCACGAGACCUGCCCCAGUCUUGACCUGGAGAUCCAGGCACGAUCUGGCUCUCCUCCGGCAUAUGGAAUCAGCCGGGUACACAUAACCAUUGCAGACAUCAACGACAAUGCCCCUACCUUCCUGCCAUCCUCAUCAGAGUCCCUUCUUUUACCCGAGAUCACCAAAAUGGGGACGAUUAUCUACCGUAUUCAGGCCACUGACAAAGACUCCGGCCAUAACGGUCAGCUGAGCUUCGAUCUAGUCUCUGCUGGGGCUGCAGGCAGCAGUGGCCAGAGGACAUUUGGCGUUGACAGGGGCAGUGGGGAGGUACGUCUCAUUGGGAGUUUAUCAUAUGAAAGCGUCCCUCGCUAUGACCUUCAGGUGGUUGCCAAGGAUGGUGGAGCACCUCAACUUAGCUCCACCUUCACCCUUGUGGUCCACAUCCAAGCACAAGACGCACAAGGCCCAAACUUUGAUACCCUUACGUACCGCGUGGAGCUACGUGAAAACACCCCACUAAACACGCGUUUCCUUCAGGUCCGUGCACUUAACAGAGAAGCUUCUGGAAAUGGUGGAAGCUCCUCAUCAUCAUCAUCUUCCUCCUCUAUUUCCUACCGCCUCAGACCUGAUGGUGAUGCCGCAGGUUUUGGCAUCAUGCCAGAUAGCGGUUGGCUGUUUGUUCGGAGCUCUUUAGACCGAGAAGUCAAAGACAUGUUCCUGUUGACUGUUCUUGCCACCUCGGGCCCAGGAGGUGCUGGAAGAACCGGCAGCGCGACUGUCCGGGUAACAGUGACAGAUGAAAAUGACAACUCCCCUCGACUGAGCCAGGAGAGGGUGUUUCUGGCUGUCAGAGAAAACCUGCACGCAGGAACGGGCUUCGGCAGGGUUUCUGCAACAGACAGAGACGCAGGACUAAAUGCUCGACUCACCUACAGGCUGCUGCACACAGACAGGCAUUUUCAGAUUAACUCGCAAACAGGUGAGAUUAGCACCCGCCUUGCACUGGACAGAGAGCAGCAGUCCAGCUAUCAGGUUAUUGUGGUUGUACAGGACGGGGGUACGCCCCCUCGCAGUGCUACAGGGACUGCACAUAUCACUGUGCUGGAUGAAAAUGACCACGCCCCCAGUUUCAUUCAUGCCAGGCCUGACAGGGAGCUGGUGCUUCAGGUGACUGAGGGGCUUCCAUCAGGAACAGUCAUAGGAACGGUGGCAGCUAAAGAUCCAGACGAGGGAGAGAAUGGCACCAUCUAUUACUCAUUAUCAGGCUCCAGAGCAGAGCGUUUCUCCAUCAAUCCAACCACCGGUGAGCUUAGAAGCGCUUCCCCUCUGAGAUUGACAGAGCGAGCCGAGUAUGCCUUCACUGUGACUGCUGCUGACCACGGCGUGCCGACACUCAGCUCCACCUGCCAGCUACAAAUACAAGUUCUCAGCUCUUCCAGGUCCAGCCCCAAGCCCAACGUUCUCUCUAUGACCCUGAACACAGUCGAAGGGGCAGCUCCGGGCUCUGUCAUUGGUUCAGUCCGUCCACCUGAUCAGCAUGAAUCUGCUCUAUUGGAAGGCCAGGUGACCUACCUGGUCGUGGGAGGGACAGAUCGCGAUGGGACCUUUAUGGUGGACCACUUAAAGGGCGAUGUGUACGUGGUCCGGGAGCUGGACUAUGAGAAGGGCUCAAGAUACACCCUGCACAUCGAGGUGUCGGACUUCUCUCAGGCAUUUCCCAGCAGCCACCUGGUGAAACUAGAUAUUAAUGUGCAGGACAGCAAUGACCACGCGCCCCAGUUCACUGAAGACCCCGUUACCAUUGUGAUCCACGAGAACAUCGAACCAGGGGCUUCCAUAUACACCUUCCAAGCUGUGGAUCAGGAUGGCAGUGGAUCCAACAGUGAGCUGCGCUAUUCCAUCGAGCACUUCUGGCCUCAAACUCCUGACUUCCUCAUCCUUGACCCCUCAAGCGGAGUCCUCACCCUGGGGCAGAAGUUAGACCGUGAGUCCACACCCUCCCUUUACCUCGUGGUGCGAGCCACAGACCAGGCAGUGGAUAUCUCUGAGAGACGCUGGAGUUCGGUCACCGCCCGAGUGUUCGUGACAGACGAAAACGACAACGCGCCGGUCUUCAGCUCUCCAUCUGCAGUCAGCGUCAUGGAGGAUCAGCCUGUAGGGUUUGUGAUUUUGUACGUCAUGGCUCGAGAUUCAGACGAAGGAGAAAAUGGCAGAGUAUCAUACAGAAUUCAGGCAGGCAACAGCGCUGGUCGCUUCAGCCUGAACCCUGACACCGGCUCUCUCUCCAUCCUUAAAUCCCUAGACCGUGAAGAGCAAGAAAUCUUCAAUCUCACUAUUGUAGCAGAAGAUCAUGGAAUACCGCAGCUUUCCACCUCUCAGGUGCUGUGCGUGCAGGUGAUUGACGUGAAUGACGAGGCUCCAGUGUUCCUGUGGGCAGAGUUCGAGGCACAGGUGAUGGAAAACCAAGGACCAGGAGCCUCAGUGUUGACAGUAACGGCCACUGACCGGGACCAAGGUUCUAAUGGCCAAAUAACAUACGGAGGAGUAUCAGAGGAAGGCUUUAUAAUCAACCCUGUGACAGGAGCCAUCACCACCACAAAGGAACUGGACACAGAGCUACAGGAUCACUACACUCUUACAGUAUAUGCCAGGGAUGGAGGCCUCCCUCCUAACUUUGCCAAGACUGUAGUCCGAGUGGAGGUGCAGGACGUGAAUGACAACGCUCCAAUCUUUGCAAAGCCGUUUUAUGGACUUGAAGUGCCAGAGAACCAGGCUCCUGUAGAGCUUUGCAUCCUCAAGGCCACAGACCCUGACUCAGGUCCUGGUGGAGAGCUGGAGUACAGAAUUGCUGCCGGGGACCCUGAUGGAGAUUUUCAACUCCACGCCAGCACAGGAGCCCUGUCGACGUCUCGCGGGCUCGACAGGGAGACGCAUGCAAAAUACACUCUGGAGGUGGUGGCCACAGACCGAGGCAGCCCUGCUCUCAGUGCUACUGUCACAGUGGAAGUCAACGUGCUGGACGUCAAUGACAACAACCCUGUCUUCAGCAAAAGUAGCUACUCGGUGGAAAUUUCAGAGGAUGCUACAGAGGGAGCACAGGUUCUUGAGGUUUCAGCCACCGAUGCUGAUGAAGACCUAAAUGGGAAGGUUCUGUAUUUCCUCAGCCGAGAGGCGCAUGGCACAUUCACUGUAGAUGAGCACAGUGGUCGCAUCACCACGUCAGCCCCUCUGGAUCGCGAAAAACUGGCGUCAUACAGCUUCCAGGUUUUUGCUGUUGACCUUUCACCAGCUGCACCUAGGAACUCGUCUGCUCAGGUGACAGUAACUGUCCUGGAUGUCAACGACAACACCCCCUUCUUCAUCCAAGAUCCACUGGUCAUUGAAGUGUCCAACAGGCGUUCCCAGCGGGUUUUAGCUACGAUGAAGGCAGAGGACAAGGACUUUGGAGCAAAUGGUUCUGUGUUUUACCGUUUUGCCACCCCAGUGAAAGGCUUCAGUAUCAACUCCCUAACUGGGGAGAUACAGGCCACUGAGCGACUGGCGGACCUCACCCAAGCACAAAGAACCCUGAUAGUGGAGGCCAUGGACCAAGGCAGCCCAGCUCAGUCUACACAGGGUGUUGUGAUCAUUUAUGUGAAGGAGGUGGAAUACAGCGGAAUUCGUUUCUCGAGGAAUGCUAGAGAUGUCAGCAUACAGGAGAACGCAGCAAAAGGUACCACCGUGGCUCAGGCUCAAGCUCAGUACCCAGAUGGUUCUCGUAACGGUAUCAGCUAUAGUCUCUUCAGUGGGAACAGAAAGCAGGCCUUCAGUAUCAGCUCUUCGACAGGUGAAAUAAGGGUGCAGACCUCCAAUGAACUAGACUUUGAAGACGCCCCAAGACUCCGUCUUGUUGUGAAAGCUGAAACUGUGUCCUCUACAUCUUACAUGGCUUUUAACUUGAUCCUGCAGGAUGUCAAUGACAACCUUCCUCGCUUCCAGCUGCAGAAUUAUGUGGCCUACAUGAAGGAAGCACAAGGAUAUGAAAUGCCAAUCAUACAGGUUGUUGCUGAGGAUGUGGAUCAGGGCCAAAAUGGUCAGGUGACCUACUCCAUCCAGUCAUCAAGCAUGAGUGGCCUCUUCAAGAUUGAUCCUGUGACAGGAAGCAUUACCACAGCAGCCAUCAUGGACCGUGAGAUCUUUACUCAAACUAAGCUGGUAGUUACAGCAACUGACAGAGGAAGUCCACGGCUGGCAGGUUCAGCCACACUGACGGUCAUUAUUGUUGACCAGAAUGACAACAGUCCCACUAUUCCCAUGCACCAGGAAAUCCGCAUCCCAGAGAAUACUUUGAUAGGCACUGAAAUCACUCUUGUGACGGGCAACGACGUCGACUCCAGUCCUGCUCUCUCCUACUCUUUACAGCUAGACCCAACAGCACUAGGCAAGUUUGGGAUUCACCGCUAUAGUGGAGGCGUGUCACUCACUGCCCCUCUGGACUUUGAGGAGAAGACGUGGUACACCCUGACUGUCAGAGCCACUGACAGCCAGCACCAAACUGAGGCCAACAUUACAAUUUUGGUGGAAGAUAUUAAUGACAAUGCACCAGCAUUUACACAUGAUCUUUAUCAGGUUACUCUUCCUGAGCACACACCACCAGGAAGUGCAGUUAUCACAGUAACAGCGACUGACAGGGACUCCGGCGAGAACGGCAGGAUCACCUAUAAAGUGAUGUCGUCAACCAAGGAGGGUUUCUACAUUGACCCGAGCAAUGGAACUCUGUUCAUCAAUCACAGAGUUGAGUUUGACCCCGAGCGCCCAUCAGUCAGCAUCGUCAUUGAAGCUCGCGACAGAGGCCUGCCCCCACUCUCCUCUCUUACUACAGUCCAAGUUCAAAUAUCCGACGUCAACGACAAUGCUCCUGUGUUUCACCAGUCGGAGUACAGGGCUACGGUUUCUGAAGACACGAUCCCAGGGUCGACAGUUCUCACUUUUGAAGCCUUCGAUAGCGACCUCUCUCGAGAAAACUGCGGCUUCGACUUUGCCAUUGCCAGCGGAAAUGAAGGAAACGCAUUCCAGAUUGAAAGCAGCGUGCGCUUCCUGGAGGGACGGGGCUUUCAGACGGUUGGGACUCUGCUGUUGGCCGAGGGAGUUGACUUUGAAACCAAGUCACUGUACAACCUCACUGUGGUAGUGUCAGACCGCGGUGUGCCGCAGAGGAGCUCUAGUGUUGCUGCGGUGAUAACGAUCGGUGAUGUGAAUGAUAAUCCUCCAGCAUUCACCAGAGCAGAAUACACCGUGUCACUGAUUGAGGGUGCUACCGCUGGGACUGAGAUCAUACGACUGACUGCUACAGACCCUGACUCAACUCCUAAUGCUGAAGUCCAGUAUUCUAUCAGCUCUGGGAAUGAGGUGAACUUAUUUACUGUGGACCCGUGGAGUGGAGCCUUAAAGCUUCAGCGAGCACUUGAUCGCGAGCACCAGCCCACACAUGUUGUCAUUGUUCAAGCCACAGAUGGACAGGGUCACUUCGCCCUAGCUCCAGUCAUUGUUGAGGUCAAAGACGUGAAUGAUAACCAUCCGUUCUUCCCUGUGGAUGUCCUGAUAGCCAGUAUCAGAGAAAACCAGCCAGCCAACUCAGCGGUGACUGUUCUGCACGCGAUAGACCACGAUACGGGGGUUUUUGGCCAGCUGAAGUAUUACAUGUUGGAACGGUCUGGGGCAGGAAAAGAAAACUUUGCUGUGGACCAGAACUCAGGAGAAAUCCGAAGCAAAAUUCCAUUUGACUUUGAGAAGGUCAACACCUUCAGUUUUGUCGCAGUGGCAGCGGAUUCAGGCAACCAUUCAGCCACUGUGACUGUACAAGUGUUUGUCACGGGUGAGGAUGAGUAUGACCCACUCUUCACAUCCUCUGAUUUCUCCUUUGAAGUUCCAGAGGGAGCCAAGAAGGGACAAAGCAUUGGCCAGGUCCAGGCAAGUGAUGAGGAUGAAGGGGUGGAUGGUAUUGUUCUUUAUUCUAUUACUGCCAGCUCUCCAUAUUUUGAUGUAAACAAAACCACUGGGGUGGUCUUUCUCAAGCUAGACAGUUCAGGCAGCAGUAGCAGCAGUGGGUCAGGUCGGAGUAAACGGGAAACCAGAGUUAUGACUUUAGAUGUGCAAGCUCACAGCCCUCUAGAUACAUCUCGCACUACUACAGCCCAGGUCUCCAUCGAUGUGACAAACACCAACUUUGGCCUGGCCGCUGACGUCAACAUCCUGGUUAUUAGCAUAGUUGCUGUGUCUCUUGGUUUUAUCAUAUUGCUUGUGGUCAUGGCAGUGGUUGUGUUCCUGGUCAAGUCACGCAGGAGAAAGAAAGGCCAGGAGACAGGAAACAGAACUGUUGCCUCGGGAACUGCCUUGCAAAAACUGGAUGAUUGCAGCCCUGGGCCAGGGGGAGAAAGGAUCUACCACCAGGCCUUGCCAGGCUAUGCUGGUGACCAAAGUGGUGCUGGUGGCGGCCCCUACACUAGAGGAGGGUCUUUGGAUCCUUCUCACUCCAGUGGUAGAGGAUCAGCUGAAGCAGCAGAGGAUGAUGAGAUCAGGAUGAUAAAUGAGUAUCCCCGCGUUGCAUCCAUCACCUCAUCAAUGCAGGAGCACAUCUCUGCCAGAGGACCAGACUCUGGAAUCCAGCAGGAUGCUGACCAGCUUUCUGAUAUUUCCUGUGAGCCUGCAGCUUUGGAGGGCAGCACUUGGUUCAAAGGAAAGAAGCUAGGUGGCAGCCUCAGUGGGACCUUACUCUCUGGACAGCUCCCGGUCUACAGGGAUGAGGGAGGUGGUUACCUAGGAGUGGGCCGUGGUCUCAAUAUUUCCCUCCCCAAGGAUUAUGCCUUUCCGGAGGAUGGUAAACCUUCCGUAGAUGGUUCCCUCACAGCUAUUGUUGCCAGUGACGAAGAGCUCCGUGGAAGCUAUAACUGGGAUUAUCUACUCAACUGGUGCCCUCAGUUCCAGCCUCUUGCAAAUGUCUUCACAGAGAUUGCCAGGCUGAAAGAUGAAACUGCUCAGCAAAGUCAGAACCCUCGCCAGCCUUUCCAGCCCAAGCCCAAAAUGGAUCCUAAACCUAGAAUUGACCCUCCACCUCUCAUCACAUCAGUGGCCCACCCAGGAGCCAUGUCAGUUCCACCCAAAGUCCCUGUAAUUGGGCGGACAUUCCCCCACUUGGCUUCACUCCGCAGGUCCCCCAUCAGUCACGAGGGAUCUAUUUCAUCAGCAGCGAUGUCACCGAGCUUCUCCCCGUCUCUGUCCCCUCUGGCAGCUCGAUCGCCAGCUGUUUCUCCAUUUGGAGUCAACCAAGGGCCCUCAGCGUCCAUGAUCAGCACCAGGGAGCCCUCACUGGAACAGAGUCCCGAUCAUGAGAUGAGAAUAUAAUUGAAACAUUUGAAACAUGACAUUACUAUUUAAGGAGAAACUCUAAGAUGGACAACCUGAACAAAGCAUGACUGACCAGCCUUUUGGAUGUUCUUUUGCAUGGAUCAAAAGAAAGCAAGCAGUGAUGGUGUCAGUUUUAUUGAUAUUCUCAAAAACAUUUGUCUUAUUCCACAAAAAGAAAUCAAGGUUUCCCAAAUUCCCCACUAGAGACAUUUGGUGGGCAAUACCCACAAAAAAUACUUAGCGUCUGUCUCCUGGUAGAAUAUUUGUACUGCCAUUGUGUCGGCAGUUUUGCAGGAAUAUGUGUGAUGGGCUUGACUGCAGCAGCCCACCCAUCCACUACAAAGUGACGCAGGUCUCCACGAACUGAUCAGGGUUAAGAGCCAAAUAGAAAAUGUGCACUUACCAUGCCCUGCAGUCAGAGAUCCCUUAGUGUGUAGAUAGAUAAAUGUGUAGUUUUCAUGUUACCUCGCUGGCUGGCCAGAGAGCUAAGGACCUCGUUCCUCUCUUUGUGUCUGUGGACUUCUGUUUUUUUACCCUCCAGUAUUAAACCCAUCUAGUGGCUACUCUGAGAAUGGUCUCUGGACACACCCGUCGGAUCACAUGGACAGACAAACAGUGUGUGUUCACAGAAACACUAAUUCAUUGAUUUGCCAAUGCAUUGCAUAGUGAAAGAACAAUUGAGAUUAUUAUUUUUCUCACCUUUCGGACAACAUUCGUUUGGAUUUAACCUUUAUUUUAUAUUUUUAUAUAAAUUUAUGAUUUCAGAUCCAUUAUUUCACAUGAAGAGGUUAUUGUUUUUGAGUAUUUGAAUAUAUGUGUAUUUGUAUGUAUGUUGAGCUACAUUACGUGUACUGUAUGUGUCUCCUAGGUUUAUAGAGACUUGUGAUUGUUCAGAAUUGAGUGACAGGGAGGCGUUUGUGUUUUUAGCAUUAUUUAUAAGAAAAGAGGACUUUCAACCACAAGCUGACAUUUGGAAACCAUCCGCAGCUCACUUUAUGCUGUGUUGAGAUUUUUUUUUUUUUGUCAAAUUGUUGAUCAUCCUAAAUCAAACGCAUAUAAACCAGAUGAAGAAAAAUCUGUGAUCAGUCUGUAUUUCCACUUUGCCAGCUGUUCAGCACUGUCGUGGCAUGCACUUGCGCCACACCAUGACAGAAGAUUCCCUUUGUUAUUCAGGGACAACUCAGUUUGCUGUUCACCUCUGUGUCUUUCAAAGAAAGUGCUUCCUAAAAUCAGUUACAUCACUCAUUCACCUGAAUGCGUUUUACUGUGAAGUUGUUCAUCUCAGUACAAAGAAAUAAAACGAUGACCAGGAUGAGAUUCUCAAAUGGCAAAACCCGGAGAAAUGUAGCACACGAGCCAGACAAGUGGCAACCAAAAGGCUGAAUACCUGAGCCCUAAUGAAUGUACAAGGAUUUAGCCACCAGUGCUGUAUUUUAUGUCUGUGACUUUAUACAUCAAGAAUGUCAGUAGCAUGAUGAGGUGUUUUACACCAGCCCCCCCAACCCCCCCACUGCUCAGACUCAGUUUUAGCAAUCUUAAAAUAUUGUUUUUGUUUUUCUUUCUUUAUAUAUACUCAUCAUCAAACUCAUCAUUUUAAUUGCAGUGAUUGCAUGUCCUGAUGUUUUCAAGAUUUGGUUUCUACCUCUGUUCUGUGUUCAACCGUGCAAAUCCCCAUCAUGCAAUGCUGGCACCGGUCCAGCUUAAAGUUACUCAUGUCACGAGCCCAGCUCCAGCACUACAUGCUCUUUGGCUGUUUCAGAAACAUUUCGUUGUUUGAGAACCGCAAUUUGGAGUUCAGUUUGAGAUGACUGCCAGUGACUGAUCAGUGGAGCAAUGGAAGACAGAAAGAAAAAAAGAAGAAGCUGUAUUUCUUUUUUUUAAAGCAAAUAAUAAAUUCCUACUGAUCUCUUUUGACAAA